CACGGUCGGUUAUCUGUGCACAAGCGCAUAAAUCACCACCUCAUUUUACUGGGAGGGUCCCAAUAAAUGACGUUAUUGCUGGCGUACGACUGCAGCGUAAAUGGGCUAAAUGAAUGCACAUCCAAUGGGCAACCAGUCAAACGCAUAUUAUCAGCAGCCAGGGAGAUAUCGAACCCACAAAAUCACUCUUAUUUAAGUUGACGUUGAGUUUUUGUCUUUGCUUACCUUUUUAAUAACACUUUGGAUUUACGAUCCAAAAGUUGUGCUUGACAAACGCUUCACUUCAGAAGACUCUUCUCAUCCAAACAGUGCAGGGCAAAACGAUGUGGUUUGCGCGGACCCUCCUCGCUCUAGCACUUCUUUGCGCACCGGUCUCCAGCCUGUGCUUACCAACGUACAACCCAGAGUUCAACUUUCUUUGCAACAACGAGAUGUUCUCCGAGGCGAAUGAUAAUGGGAAACCGUCGAAUUCCCUGCUCGACAGAGUAAACCUCCUAUACAAAUCAGCGCACGCGCUUUCCUCUGAGGACCCGCGCGAGAGGAGGACUGUACCCGCGUCUAAAUACAGGUACUUGAGCCAGACACAGCUCAGGAGUAAACUGUACCGCAACAGUGCGAAGAGCGAUCGACGCAACCAGGUCACUCUUUCCCUCGACGUGCCCACCAACAUUAUGAACAUCCUCUUCAACAUUGCCAAAGCCAAGAACCUGCGCGCAAAGGCGGAUGACAACGCGCGCCUGCUGGCGCAGAUUGGAAAGAGGAAAUGAACUCUUAUUCCUGACUUUAACAUUGGUUUUUGUAACCAACUGAGGCAUGUUAUAUAUCUAAUUUAAUUGUAAUAAAGGGUUUUUUUUCAGUUGCAUAAAAAAUAGCAAUACUGAAAAUUAAUGGAAUUUAUUAGCAGGUGAAAUAAUUGUCUUUAAAGGGUUUUGAAUUAUUAGCCUACCCACUAACUCUUGUUAGACUCUUAGAAACAGUAAGUGUUUAAAAUUGGCUUACUAUAUAGCAGCGAGACUCGUUUGACAUUUGUAAUCAAAACAACUGUUUAGUAGGUCAAAUUGUAUGCUCAAGCUUAAAAGAGAUGUUUGGAGUAUAAUAUUGCGUCUCAGAGGGAAGUAUACGACAUAUUUUGCCAAUCCUCUUUCACACAAUUUAUCUGUACAAAGCAAUGAAAGGUGAACUGAUUAUUUUAAAAAGAAAAUAACGCUCUGAUAUGCUACUUAUAAAGUGGGUUGAUAAAACCGACAGUGGAAUAUUUUUGUACUGAAAAUAAUUAUUAUUUUUUCGUUAAAUAAAUAAAUGCAAAUGAAAACAAAAGCGUC